CGCAACUGGCCACACUGCUGUCGGACAAAGUGCGACGAGGCCAAUUCCCUUCGCGGCGGACGACGAGCUGACACUUACAACAAACGGAAUAAAAAGAAAGUAGGCGAUUAAAUGAUAGCUAUUGUAGAACGGUGUGCUUGAUAAGUCUUAUCGGUCGUGAUCGCAGGUGAAUUUAGGGUUUGUCAGGGGCGCAAUCGUAUAGUUUAAAGUUAAAAUUAUCAUCUUGAGUUUCUGCAAACCGAUAAAUGCUGUUCAAUUAGGGCCAGACCCGCGGAAAAACGCGUGUGCGAAGAUCUAAACGAAGAAUAGAUUUCUUCACUAAGCCUAGAGAAGCAGCUCCACGCAACCCGCGCGCUAGGGUAAAGAGGGAAAUUGUCAGCCAGUAGGAGAUUUCCUUGAACGCGUGAGUCCUCCACUAUUUCAAUGCGGUUUGAUGAAAAUAUUUAAUAUUUAUGAAUUAACAGGAAUAACUUUCACUACAACUAACUCGCAGUGUCUCGGUGGUAAAGGAGAGGAAAAAAAAAACCAAAUUUGUGAGUAAGACCGAUGUAAACAAAUGAAUUCCCACUAAAAUAAACGGUCUCCUUGCAGUUUGAGUUGCUGCUAACAAAAUCGCCAGCUACUACGAAACAUUGGUUUUGUAUCCGAACAAAAUCUCAAAAAAUUUGUGAUGUCGGAGACUCCGCAAACCACCGACAACGAGCUGGAUCUGACCACAACACCGUGUGGAAGCUGCAACCAGGUCUCCGUGGAGAACGAAAAGAUGAUUGGCUGCGACGGUUGCAGGCGCUGGUUCCACUACCGGUGUGUCGGGGUGACCGACGCGGCUAAGAAGACGAAGAAUUGGUACUGCGUGGACGAGGUUUGCCAGAAGGUCAAGAAGUCGCGAAAGAAGGAAAAACCUGACCCGCUCACCCUGGAACAAAAGCGCAAAGCACAAGAAGAAGAGCAGAAACGCCAGGAGCAAGCUCUCGAAGAGGAAAUGAUGUUACUUGAGGAAAGAAGACUGUUUCAGAAGGCGUUGGCGGAAAAACGAAGUCUGUUGGAAGAAAAGCUACGCGAAAAGGAAGAAGAAGAUCGAAAGGCUCGUCAGGCGGAAGCUCUGAAGAGGAAGAAGGAUUUUGUGCAGCGGUUUAAGUCGGAGCAAUCAUCAUUUGAGAAGGAGAUGACCGAGCUCGAAAAGGAGUUGGAAGAUCUCAAGGCAGCAGACGCGACGAUCAUCAAAAAAGAUAAAAGCGGGACUUCGGGAAAGCCAUCAAACCUGGAGAAAGAACCUGAAAGCGGUGCAGAGGCCGAUUCGGAGCUAAGCUCAGACGAGAUACUGAAAGACGCGAAUGCUGAAAGUACACGGAGGGAUCUCAAACAUGGAAAAAAAGUAUCGCGACUCGGGCAAGGAUCGAUACAGAUUGGACCUACUAAAGCACAACUCGCAGCAAGAAAUGGUAUAUCUAAAAAGCUUCCUGAUUUUGCGGGUAAUCCGGAAGAAUGGCCGCUGUUCUACGGAGCGUACUGUGCAUCCAACGAGGCAUGUGGAUACACGGACGUCGAGAAUUUAGUACGUUUGCAAGACAGCUUGAGGGCGCCAGCUCUGGACUGGGUACGGGGGAAACUAAUCCUACCACAGUCGGUGCCGCUAGCCAUCGCCAAGUUGCAGCAAAUGUGUGGGCGCCCUGAACAGCUUCUGCAAAGCUACCUCGAUAAGGUCCGCAAAUUGGAACCCCCCAAAGCGGACAAGCUCGCCAGCUUUAUUCCGUUUGGCAACGCAGUGGAGCAGCUGUGUGAGCACCUAGAAGCAGUUAAACUGAAGCAACAUCUCGCUAAUCCGCUGCUCAUUCAAGACCUUGUCGACAAGUUGCCCGAUGGAGAGAAACGACAGUGGAUCCGGUUCAAACGCCAUGCAAAAGAAGUCACGCUCCGGACGUUCACGGAUUUCUUGUCUGAGAUUGUUGCUGACGCAUGCGAGGCUAACGUUAGUAUGGAUUCUAAGCACACUAACAAAGCUUCCUCUAGCGGCCAAGGCGGAAAACAAUUCCACAGGGAGAAAGGAGCAAUGUACCACCACAGCGAAGAGGAGAAUGCGAGCACCAAGACAAACGACGACCGGAGAAAAUUCAAGCCCUGCAAAAUUUGUCACGGUACAGAUCACCGCCUACGGAAUUGCCCUGAAUUCAAGAAGCUCCAGUAUGCAGACAGGGUUAAGGUGGUGAAUCACUGGAAGCUUUGCAGCGUGUGUCUAAACGACCAUGACGGAGAGUGUACGUUCAGAACACGCUGUAACGUGGGCUUGUGUAAAGAACGGCACAAUCCGCUGAUGCACCCGAUAGAUCGUGUGGAAGGGCUGAGCGCACACAUCAGAACGAAAGCUGCGAUGAUGUUCCGUAUGCUCCCUGUUCAACUUCACUACGGAGGACGAGCAACAACCGUUCUUGCUUUCCUAGACGAAGGCUCGUCAAUUACGCUGGUUGAAAGACAGCUGGCGGACAAUCUCGGAAUCGUAGGCGUAGAGGAGAAGCUGACCAUAAACUGGACAGCUAGUAUCAGGCGUGAGGAGAAAAAUUCACGUAGGAUGAAUCUGUGGGCGUCAGCAUCCGAUGGAGGAAACAAGCUGCUGCUUCAAACCGUCCGAACAGUCGAGAAGCUAAUGUUGCCGUAUCAGAAGUUGGAUUUCAAAACCCUCGCCAAGAAAUACCAGCACAUGAAAGGAUUGGAAGUAGCAUCUUACGACGGUCAACCCGGACUUCUCAUCGGUCUCAACAACGUCCACGCCUUUGCCCCAAUCGAAGCAAAAGUUGGCGCAAUGAACGAGCCGAUAGCGGUACGAGGCAGGCUUGGAUGGACCGUAUACGGACCUCGUCAGCUGAACGCUCCCUCCAGCGAAGGUUUUCUGGGAGUUCAUCACGAAAUCACAAAUGAAGAAAUCCAUGCACUGUUGAAGAGCCAUUAUGCGGUAGAAGAGUCGGUUGUGGCAACGGUUCUGGAAACGACCGACGAAAAAAGAGCUCGGGAAAUCAUGGAGCAGACCACGAGAAGAGUCGGCGACCGGUUUGAAACCGGAUUACUAUGGAAGUCGGAAGAUCCUCGCUUUCCAAACAGUCUACCCAUGGCUAUGGGAAGAAUGAAGAAUCUCGAACGGAAAUUGGAGAAGAAUCCGGACCUGCGCGAAAAUGUUUGUCGUCAAAUAGAGGAGUACCAACUUAAAGGAUACGCACACGUGGCAACGCCGGAAGAACUUGCCAAUACCGAUCCGGAAAAGACGUGGUAUCUCCCGCUAAAUGUCGUUACUAAUCCCAGAAAACCGGGGAAAUAUCGGCUGGUGUGGGACGCUGCCGCGACAGUCCAAGGUGUUUCCCUAAACUCUCAACUGCUGACGGGACCCGACUUACUCGUUCCGCUGAUCCAGGUGAUCGUGGGUUUCCGUGAGCGGCCGGUUGCGUUCGGGGGCGAUAUACGCGAGAUGUAUCACCAGUUAAGGAUUCGCAGAGGAGAUACACAAGCGCAGCGUUUUUUGUUCCGGAAAAACUUCAAGCAGCCGGCUAUUCACUUCGUGAUGGACGUGGCAACUUUCGGCGCCGCCUGUUCACCAAGUUCUGCGCAGUUCGUCAAGAACAAGAACGCCGAGGAGCAUGCUCUCCAGUAUCCUGAAGCCGCCGCCGCCAUAAUCAACCGCCACUAUGUGGACGACUAUUUUGACAGCGUGGACACCAUCGAAGAAGCAGUGAAACGCGCAGGAGAGGUGAAGAUGAUCCACAAGAACGGCGGGUUCGAGAUACGGAACUGGGUAGCCAAUUUACCCGAAGUUCUGCGACGUCUAGGAGAAGAAAAACCAGCAUCACACGUGCACUUCAGCAGGGACAAACAGACUAGCAACGAAAGAGUGCUGGGGAUCAUCUGGGACCCGGACAUGGACGAAUUUGCCUUCUCGGUGCAACACAGACCAGAAUUGAUGGCGUACCUGUACGAGGACAAACGGCCCACGAAGCAGAUCGCGUUGAGCUGGGUGAUGGGGUUUUUUGAUCCUUUGGGUCUGCUGUCCCCUUUCACAAUUCAUGGAAAAAUACUCAUUCAGCGUCUGUGGCGACAAGGAUGCGAUUGGAAGGAUGAGAUCGACGAUGAGAGCUGGCGCUUGUGGAAACGCUGGGUUGGUUUGCUGCCUCAAGUGGAGAAGCUUAGAAUACCGCGCGGCUAUUUCGGCUCUACCUUGUCAACCGAGAUCGAUUCGUUGGAAAUACACAUUUUUACCGAUGCCAGCGAACACGCGUACGGCUGUGCCGCUUUCUUUCGAGCCGUUGUCGGCGGGACGGUCAAAUGCAGCCUGAUUAUGUCCCGUGCGAGGGUGGCGCCGCUCAAGCGACAGUCGAUUCCGCGACUGGAACUAGAUGCAGCCAAACUCGGUGCGCGAUUAAAGCACACUGUAUUGGGGAUGCACUCCCUGCAGGUCGGCCGCUGUGUGAUGUGGACGGACUCUCGGACGGUUUGCAGUUGGCUGCGUGCGGACCAGUACAAGUAUAAGCAGUACGUAGCGUUCAGAGUUGGUGAAAUCUUGGAGUUGACGAGCGUUAUGGAAUGGCACUGGGUGUCGACUAAAUACAACAUAGCCGAUGUUCUCACCAAGUGGGGUCGCACUGGACCACCGCUGGCAAGCGACAGCGAAUGGAUCAGCGCCCCCUCGUUUCUGUAUCAACCUCCAGGAGGAUCGUUAAUCUCGGAGCUGCCGUUCUGGGAGACUGACGAAGAUGCGAGGAGCGUAGUGCUGUUUCACAACUUGAUCAACGUAUGCGCCGUAUCGAAGUGGUCAAGCUUGGUAAGAGUAACCGCAAACGUAGUUCGUUUCAUAGAAAAUUGCCGGCGCAAACGCAUGGGUCUCCCGAUAAUCACUACGCGGGUCACCUACAACUAUCGAGAGCUGAUCAAACGAAAAACACCCACAAUCCUGUUGCCCCUGCAGCAGGAAGAGUUUCAAAAAGCGGAAGCUAUUCUGUGGAAGCAGACCCAGUUUGAAUGCUUUCCAGAUGAAAUGAGUACUCUAACGGCGAACCUGAACCUCAAGCCCGGACGAAGCCCUGCCAAAAUCGAGAAAUCAAGUGUACUGUUCAAACUCGGCCCGAGUUUGGACGAAAACGGCGUACUGCGGAUGACCGGACGGCUCGCGAACAUGGAGGGAAUCCCGUAUGACCAGAAGUUUCCCAUAAUCUUGGCGCGCCAGCACGAAAUAACGAAAAGGCUUAUUCAGGACUACCACGAGCGGUUCGGACACGCGAAUCGAGAAACGGUCUGCAAUGAACUACGGCAAAAAUUCUGGAUCCCUAAUCUGCGAGCUGCGAUAUCGGAAGUGACGAGUGAAUGUGUAUGGUGCAAGGUGCACCACUGUCUUCCGCAGGUACCCAUGAUGGCUCCACUCCCAGCUCCACGCGUCCGUGCAGGAUUACGACCGUUCAGCUCGGUCGACGUUGACUACUUGGGUCCGGUGGAAGUUACGGUAGGGCGCAGGAAGGAAAAACGAUGGGUAGCCGUGUUCACCUGUAUGACCGUGCGAGCAGUACAUCUGGAAGUGGUGAACAGUUUGACGACCCAAUCGUGCCUGAUGGCAGUUCGCCGCUUUAUAUGUAAGCGCGGUGCUCCGGACGAGAUUCUGUCUGACAACGCAACUUGCUUCAAAGGUGCCAGCAACGAGAUGAAGAAAGCUGCUCAACGGAUUACAACCGACUGCGCGGAAAAGAUAAUCAGCUCUACGACUGCCUGGCGUUUCAUCCCUCCCGGAACUCCACACAUGGGUGGCGCCUGGGAGCGAAUGGUCCGCUCGGUCAAGGAAGCUAUGAUGGUUCUUAAUGACGGAAUGAAGUUAACAGACGAGAUUCUUGCCACCACGUUAGCUGAAGCAGAAGAUAUGAUUAAUACACGACCCCUAACAUACGUGCCGCAGGAGUCGGCUGACCUCGAAGCGCUGACGCCAAAUCAUUUUUUGCGGGGCUCGGUGAAACUAGCAGAUUUGGCGGUGGACAAAGAUGUAAAUCCAGCGCAGGCUCUACGGAACAUCUACAAGCGCACUCAACACCUCGCAAACCAGAUGUGGGGAAGGUGGAGCAAAGAAUAUUUGGCGACGAUUAACAGACGCACAAAGUGGUUCGACGAAAGGAGGCCGCUGAAAGCAGGUGACCUAGUGUUUGUUGUGGACGGUCGGGAUAGGAAACAAUGGACUAGAGGUAUCGUAGAAGAGGUGAUUCCCGGAAUCGACGGCAGAAUUCGCGAAGCGAAGGUGAGAACGUCGGGGGGAGUACACCGACGAGCAGUGGUCAACCUAGCAGUCAUGGAAAUCCAGGAAGGUAACUCCGGAAGUUCCGACGAAAUGCCGGAAGUUACGGGCGGGGGUGUCAACGCAACUGGCCACACUGCUGUCGGACAAAGAACGACGAGGCCAAUUCCCUUCGCGGCGGACGACGAGCUGACACUUACAACAAACGGAAUAAAAAGAAAGUAGGCGAUUAAAAGAUAGCUAUUGUAGAACGGUGUGCUUGAUAAGUCUUAUCGAUCGUGAUCGCAGGUGAAUUUAGGGUUUGUCAGGGGCGCAAUCGUAUAGUUUAAAGUUAAAAUUAUCAUCUUGAGUUUCUGCAAACCGAUAAAUGCUGUUCAAUUAGGGCCAGACCCGCGGAAAAACGCGUGUGCGAAGAUCUAAACGAAGAUUAGAUUUCUUCACUAAGCCUAGAGAAGCAGCUCCACGCAACCCGCGCGCUAGGGUAAAGAGGGAAAUUGUCAGCCAGUAGGAGAUUUCCUUGAACGCGAAUAACUUUCACUACAACUAACUCGCAGUGUCUCGGUGGUAAAGGAGAGGAAAAAAAAACCAAAUUUGUGAGUAAGACCGAUGUAAACAAAUGAAUUCCCACUAAAAUAAACGGUCUCCUUGCAGUUUGAGUUGCUGCUAACAAAAUCGCCAGCUACUACGAAACAUUGGUUUUGUAUC